AUGAAGUUUACGACUAUUGCGCUUUCACUGCUUACUGCUGUCAGCGGAUACACGAUCCUGGACAGCGCCACGUUCGCCUCGGAGACCAAGGACGGAAUUUGGCUGGUGAAAUACUACUCGCCCACCUGCCCGUGGUCGCGCCGCUUUGCGCCAACAUGGAAGCAGGUGUCGGGAGACCUGCAGGACAGCCUGGGUAUGAAGGACAUUUACUUCGGUGAGGUCGACUGCAAGGCUAACCGCGCGCUCUGCGACAAGGCCGACAUUGACGGCUACCCGACCGUCGUGCUGUACCGCAACGGCGUCAACGAGGGCGAGGUCCCCGGCGGACAGUCCUACGAGUCGCUGAGCAGCUUUGCUCUGAAGCUCUAA